AGAAUAUCAAUGAACAGUAGGCCGAAGAUCCGGGGGGCGAGAACGAUGUGCAUCAAAAAGGGGUUUCAAAGAGAGGUGAUCACAUCAAAACCAAAAGCGUUAACCUUCUGAAGAAAUAAACAUUCGAUCUUCCGAGAUUAGUAUACGCUAACGAAAAAGAUACCCGAUCAUGCCAGCUUCAGGUUCCUCAAGUUUUUUUUGCUGUGGUGGGGGAGCAUCGAGCUCCAAACGCCACGGUGCGAGCGAUUCAGCGGCAGACUCAGGUCAAAAGCGCCAGCGACAGUCUGGCUCCCAGUCGAACCCAGAAGACGGAGAAGGAGAAGGCCAGGACGAGGCGGAACAGAUGACGUACCAGUGCCGCCCCGCCGCGUCCUGCCAUCUGCAUUACGCAUUUGGACCGAUGCCGGAGCUGCUUUCAGGAGGAGCAAAUACGACCGACGUCGCGGUUGAGGUAGGAGCAGGAGAGCAAGACGAGGAAAGCAAGGCCGGUAACAGCACGAGUACGGCUCCAGUGGUUCUAGACACGAAGCCGAAAAACCUGGAGAUGGCCCUGUUGCAGUCCGUCACCGUCGAGCAUUCCGCUCGUUGCACCUACUUCUGUGUGGUGCAGUUCCCACCUGCCGGCUACUGUGGGAUCCAAGAGCGCGAGAACGGUGAGAAGAUUGCCAUUUUCUCGGUCUGGGACCAGCGGGAGGGGGACGUGGCAGUGGUGAACGCGGGCCCGUCGGUGUAUUCCGAGCCCUUCGGUGGCGAGGGUACCGGCCAGAAGUUGUGGCGGCAUUUCGGAUGGCAGAUUGGCGAGGUUGUGACCUUCUGCGUCCGCGUCAUGACCGAAGAAGACGACCUGAGCAUGUGGCGAUUCUCGUGCGACGUGCUCACGGUCGUCGUCGAGAGAGAUAUGGCGUCGAUCGAAGCGACACAAAGAGAAACAGAACCAAGCCCAAGUGCGAACGCAACGAGUCGGUUGGUAGACGAAGCGGGCAACGCCGUUCCGGAGGACCAAUUAGCGAAGGAGGCGCUGGACGAUUUCGAGAGGAGCACCGCAAGUGGCGAGACGUCCGGAAGGAACAAGGACCCGGGCGGAAAUAAAACGAAGUACAAGAUCCACCCCAUGGGGACGUUACGUGUCAAGUGCACCGCUGCGGCGGUCAAUGGCUUUUCCUCCUUUGUUGAGGACUACGACCGAGUGCCGAACGCAAGUGGCCUGUUCUGUUCGCGCAAAGCCCAUUUCGGCGGCGAACCGAAGUGGUGGGUAAGGACGAAGAAGAGUGUCGCGGGUGCUGAGGGUGCUGGUAUUGAUGCUGUUACUGGGCCCUUUUUUCAGCAACGAAAACUGAAAAAAGUCUCGUUUACGAAAUGCAGCCAGGCUGCGGAGGCGGAGGGGGCGACGACGAGAUGUUGUGGGGUAGCGAAUGGCGGUCUAAGCUACUGCUUGGAGACCGGAGGAAGUGAAGCCUUUUCGCAAGUCACAGAAACUGAAAAAACGUUGUUUCAGAGGACGCCUCCGUGA